AUGCUGGCCUCUCAGAUUUCCCGGUUUGCCGCGUCCUCGUCCUUCUCCGCAGGCGGACGACAUAUCCUCAAAUCAAUUUACGCCGCGGAACGACCCGAGGGUAUGGGUGCAAUAGUACGCAGGAGCCUAGGCACGCGCGAGAUACGACACCACGAUCCGUUCCUAUUGCUGGACGAGUUCUGGGUGAACUCCAAGGGCGGCUUCCCAGACCACCCUCACAGAGGGUUCGAGACCGUGACCUAUAUGCUGAGCGGGCAAAUGCAGCACGAGGACUUCUCAGAACACAAGGGAACCAUUGGACCCGGCGAUCUGCAGUGGAUGACAGCUGGACGUGGUAUCGUGCACUGCGAAAUGCCAGUCAAGGACACGGAUGAGACUGAAAAUCCGCAAGGUACGGACAAGGCAACAGCGCAUGGGCUGCAACUCUGGGUGAAUCUCUCACACAAAGACAAGUCGUGUGAUCCACAGUAUCAGGACCUGCGAGAUCAUCAUAUUCCAAGAGCGAAUCCUGGCAAUGGAGUCGAGGCCAAGGUCAUUGCGGGCGAGGCACAUGGUGUUAAGAGCAAAGUUUACACAAGGACUCCAACCAUGUAUCUCGACUACAAGUUGAAGGAGAACAGAUCGGUCGAGGUUGCAGUUCCGAAGGGCUACGCCGGCUUUAUUUACAUGCUCUCUGGGAAGGCAUAUUUUGGCGAUGGACUACCACACCACGCGCUGAUUCUGUCUCAGGACGAUAAGUCUGACACAUUGCAGAUCCAGACAAAGGACGAGGACGCGCAUUUCGUUGUUUUGGCUGGCCAGCCGCUCAAAGAACCCGUCGUGCAAGAUCGGUUGUUUGUUCUGAACUCGAUGCAAGAAGUGCAACAGACCGUUGAGGAUUUUAGGCAGUUCAAGAACGGUUUCGAGAACGCGAAGGAGUGGCGAUCAGCAAUCGGGCCCAAAGGAUAUCGUCUCAAGUUUUGA